AUGGCAAAGAUACUGUCUUUUGCACUUGCAGCAACCCUCGCAGCAAGUGUCACUUCCACUUCCAACCAUUUCAUUCAGCCAGAAUACAAUCUGCUCUACAGUCGACAAGACAGUGGUAAUGGAACUGGAAGGAAGAUCUUCCGGACAGAUCUCAAGCAGGACAAUAGUUAUGACAUCCAGGCUGGGGGCCAGUCACCUAGAUAUAAGAAUGUUCUUUUGAGCCAUGUAGAUCUCGGAAACGGAAACUACGACGUCUCCUUCGUUCUGGCCUCUGAACGUGCCAGCGCAGAUCGCGGGUUAGACGUCGAGUCACGUGGAAUUCCAAUAUUCAUCUCUGGUCCAGGCGUCGUUGCUGGCGCUAUACCCACCGCCAGCGGCAACGCAAGCUCGGGCUCAAGUAGUAGCUCAUCUACUGAUUCAAGCUCGGGCUCACUGUCAAGCACUCUUAGUACUAGCUCGGUGAAUGGGACAAAUAGCACCACCAGCUCAUCAACCAGUCCUGGAUCAUCAAGCAGCUCUUCGGAUGGAAAGGAACUCUAUUUGACAAUCGAAACGGGUUCGUCAGACAUAGCAGGGAUCCAGGCGGUCACGCUGAGCACUACUCAGACCAGUAAGGGCUGGUUCUAUACGGUAGGAAACGAGAUCAAGGCCCAGAAUGUCCAGCCACAAUGGGACACAUGGCUGGUUUGCGACGGCAAAAAUGGGUAUCCGAAGCUCUACUGGCUGGGUGUUGGUGCAAAUGGAGGUGUCUCAUUGCCAUAUCCAGUGUGUCAGCCUGUCAGGCUAUACGCCGAUCCAGAGGAUUACGUUUGGAAACCACAAGACACUUGUUAUUGCUGCAAUUCAUCAUGA